AUGGAUCGCGCAGACGCCCUUGGAGCACGGUACGUGGCAACUGGCCAUUACGCCCGCGUCGAGCACAAUACCGGAAUAUCUGUCCUAAAGAAGGGCGUAGACUAUGGGAAGGACCAGUCCUACGUCCUGUUCGGUAUGACACAGGGGCAGCUGGCCCGGACACUCCUGCCCGUAGGUGGCUACCGCAAAGAGGAAAUCCGCCAGAUGGCCCUGGACGCCGGUCUCAUCACCGCCGACAAGCCCGAAAGCCAGGAUAUCUGCUUCAUUCCGUUGGGAGACUAUCGAGAGUUCCUGCGGCAGCGAACCUCAGGCAUACCCGGCGAAAUCGUUGAUCUCGAUGGGACGAUGCUUGGGACCCAUCAGGGCAUCGAAUUCUUUACUGUCGGCCAGCGCCGGGGGCUGGGACUUCCUAAGACCUCAGUGGAGCCUCUCUACGUCGUACACUUAGAGGCUGACUCCAACCGCGUGGUGGUCGGUCCUGAGAGCGCUCUUUACGACGGCGAGGCAUGGAUCUCGGGCGUGAACUAUGUCAAUGGAAGGGCUCCCGGCGAUGGCACACCCGUUUCGGUAAAGAUCCGGUACAAGGCAUACGAGGCCGCUGCGACGCUCCAUCUCCGGCCCGACGGCGCGCUGGUACGGUUCCAGGAGCCGCAGCGUUCCGUCACUCCCGGGCAGGCCGCCGUGUUCUACCAGGGCGACACCCUGAUCGGCGGCGGCACCAUCGAACCUGCGGAAGGCAAGCCAGUCGCUUGUCGAAAGGGUGAAUCCCUUUCUUCGGCAUCAACUGGAUAG